GAGGAAAGACGUUGCAUUAUACCGCUUGUCGUCUUAGCGGCUUCGCUCGAGACUUGCUUCAAUUAUAAUGUUUUUACCAUUACAAAAUCAUUAAUGUUCUAGAACGUCUACUUACAGUGUAUUUCGUGAAAAUUAUAUUAAAGAUAAACCGAAAAAAAAUGACCUAUGAUUGCAUACACUGCAAAAAAUAAAUUAAUUGUUUUAUUUUUGUGAUUGUAAUUUUCAACUGUACAAAUAGAAAUAAUGGGUCUCAAACUUGUUUAAUAAAAUAUUUGAUAUAUCGCAAUGGAAGUAGAUCGUAUACUGUACAUCUUCGGCAGCUUCACCCGCAAGAAGGACAAGCGGAAGUCACUGGAACCCUCAUCAAUAAGUGCCGGUAAUAGUCCUUUAAGGACCCGACCGGCUAGCCAAAGCCUGUCUAUAGCUCCAAGGACCUCAGCUUACGAUAAAAAAGAUGUAAUGAAGGAGUGGAUCUGCGGGAUAUGUAGGAAAGAGUUGGUGGAACCGAGGCUGCUGGGCUGCCUCCACAGCUUCUGCACCAGCUGUCUUCAGGGUCUGCAUCAGGAGGGCGCUUGUGAAUUGUGGAGCGAAGUCGAUAGAGAGUCAAUCCAACAAGAUCUAGCCGAAUCAGGAUCAGGCUUGGGUUCCGCCGGAUCCGGAUACGAGAGUGACUUGAGACAUUCCGACUCUGAGGGCAGUUGGGAGCACAAAAACAAGAAAUACGGUAUUCUGACAAGAAAGAUUUCCGGUAAAAGCGUGCAAUUCGUGGUAUGCCCAACAUGCGGUCAAGAGAGCGCACUCCCUCUGGGAGGUAUAGCGGCGUUGCCCCUCAACUACGUGCUGCUUCGGAAGAUGAACUCACAUGAGAACGGUGUGGCGGUGCUCUGUGACCUUUGCGACAGUGACCAUAAGGCUGUGAGUCGUUGCGGGAAAUGCCUGAUCAGCAUAUGCUCAUCGUGCGGCGACGCCCACGAGAGGCAGCCGACCACUGCGAGACACGUACUGGAGCCACUCCACCCUCCCGUCAGAUACUGCUCGCAACAUCCCAAGGCUGAACUGUGCAUCUACUGCGCUACUUGUCAACAGGUGGUGUGCCGAGAGUGCUGCGUGGUGUCGCACGGCGGGCACGCGCUGGCGGCGGCGUCUCGCGCGGCGGCCGAGCGCGCCCGCGUGUUGCGCGCCGCCUGCGACCGCGCCGCCCACGUGCCAGGCAACGUGCAGCGUGCGGCCAGGGCGCUGCACGUGCAUGCCGCUCAAGUUGACGCUCAGGCUUCCAAAGUGGAAUCAGAAGUGGAGGCGUGGGCGGCGGAGUACAGUCGCGCGGUGGAGGCGCACGGGCGCGCGCUGCUGCGGGCCGCGGGGCGGGCGCGCUGCGGGUUCCGCCGCGGCGUGCGGCGCCACGAGCAGCGCCUCGACGACCGCGUGCGGGACGCGCACGAAGCCGUCGCCUUCGCCCAAGAGUUGCUCUCGGGAGCCAGAGACGAUGAGUUGCUAUCGCUGAGCGGGCCCGUCCUCCGGCGGUUAGAGAGGGUGACGGAGGUAGAGGGGCUGGGGCAGGCUCCCCAGUGCGAUGUCAGGUUUGCGCCGCUGGCCCCCGCCGCGCCGCACUCCACGCUGUACGGGCGACUGCUCACUCAGGCGCCGGACCCCGACAAAUGCGUGCUGGAUACUGAAGGUCUUCAAGACCUGAUGGUGAAUUGUCAACACGAGACAGUUCUAGAGCUGAGAGACAGUAACGAUGAGCGCAUCUGGUGCGGAGGCGAACAGGUGUCGGGGUACCUGCGGCGCCGCGACUCUAGCGCGCGGCCGGCCGGCGCCGCGGUGUCGGACCGCGCCGACGGUCGCUACACGCUCGCCUUCACGCCCGCCGCGCCCGGCGCAUACCUGCUGGCCGUCACCGUCGCCAACAAGCCUAUUAAGGGUAGUCCGUUCCCGUGUGCGGCAAGGGUGGGUAAGACCCAUAACGGCCAGUACCACUGCUGUUCCUUCUGUUCCUCGGGCGGGAAGAGGGACGCGAGCUGUGCUUGCGGAGCCACUAUGCCGGGAGGAUAUAAGGGUUGCGGGCACGGCCACACGGGUUGGCCCGGCACGCGACACUGGUCUUGCUGCGGCGCCACGCAGCGGCACUCCGUCUGCACGCGCCGGCCCACCCAAUCGCGACUCUACCAGUUUUCGCUGUAAAACUAGUUCGGCCACAAUAAUCCACGACCAGACGACUCAACGCAGUGCCGUGUGCUUAGUCCGAGUUUUUUAACGUACUCGAUAGC